UCUGUGGAUAAAGAAGAUAAUUUAUAGAAAGAAAGUGUUCUGCCUUACAGGUAAUAUUUUGUAAAUAUUCAACAGAGUUAAACUCUGAUCUGUCAUUCUCUUGAUCAUUUUUGUAGCCAUUUAAAACAAGAACAAAGAAGAAUGGAUGGAGAAAAUUGCUCCUCCUUGACUGAAUUCCACCUCUUAGGAAUUAUUAACAAACCUGAGAUCAAAGCUACCAUGUACACCAUGUUCUUCAUCUUCUGUAUCUUUGCAGAUUCUGAGCGUCUCCUGCUGGCAGUGAUGGCCUUUGAUCAGUACAAGGCCAUUAGCAACCACUUGCUCUAUACUGUCAGCAUGUCCAGCAGGCUGUGCUCCAUGCUUAUGGCUGGGGUUUACCUGGUGGGCAUGGUGGAUGCUUUGAUACAUACGACGUUAACUUUCCGCUUAUGUUUCUGUGGGUCAAAUGAGAUUAAUCAUUACUUCUGUGAUUUACCUCCACUUUUCCUCCUUUCCUGUUCCGAUAUUCAGGUCAAUGAGCUGGCAUUGUUCACUGUUUUUGGCUUCAUUGAACUGAGUACCAUUUCAGGGCUUCUUGUCUCUUACUGUUACAUCAUCCUUUCAGUCUUAAAGAUCCACUCUGCUGAGGGAAGGUUCAAAGCUUUCUCCACCUGCACCUCUCACUUAACUGCUGUUGCAAUUUUCCAGGGAACUAUGCUUUUUAUGUAUUUCCGACCAAGUUCUUCCUACUCUCUAGAUCAAGACAAAAUGAGCUCAUUGUUUUAUACCCUUAUCAUCCCCACGUUAAACCCUCUGAUUGAUAGUCUAUGGAACAAGGAUGUGAAAGAGGCUCUGGAAAAACUGAAAAAUAAAAUGCUGUUUUAA